CGGAAAACCGAUUUUUUUUCAUUUCACUGUCACUUUCAAUGUUUGCUUGAUUUGAUAAAGACACGAUCAUCAUCAUCAUCAUAAAAAAGUUGCAAAAAUUUUAUUUGAACAUCGUUUAUACUGUCGUCGAAUUCAACUGGUUUUUCAUUUUCAAUUUUUUUUCCUGCUAAUAUAUAUAUAUCUGGUGUACGAUAAUUUCUAUUUUAGUUAUAGAAGCUUUAGAAUCAAUCAAUCAAUUAAACUGUGAGUAUGGAAAAUCGUGCUGAAAAAUCCGGUAUUGCUGCUGAAACCCAUGCAAAGGUGCAAUCAAAAUAUGAUCCGGAUUUGUCGAAACAAAUAUUGGCAUGGAUUAAUGAUAUUGUUGAAGGUGUCAAUAUUGAUACUGAUGGUAGUGAAGAUAAUUUCCAUGCAGUAUUGAAAAAUGGUGUCGUACUCUGCAAAUUGGCUAAUACUAUGAAACCAGGAAUAGUGAAAAAAUUCCAGGAAACAUCAUUGCCAUUCAAAUGUAUGGAUAAUAUUAAUUCCUUUUUGAAAGCAUUAGAUGUAUUGGGCGUCAACAGAGAAGAAACAUUCCAAACGGUUGAUCUUUGGGAACGUGUUAAUCUUCAUUCUGUACAGAUUUGUUUGUCAUCAUUGGCACGUAAAGCAAAUAAAUUCGGAUUAAAAGGAUUUGGACCAAAAGAAGCUGAAGAAAAUAAAAGAAAUUUCACUGAAGAACAAUUGAAACAAGGUGAAACAAUUAUUAAUCUACAAUAUGGUACAAAUAAAGGUGCUAAUGCUAGUGGAAUUAAAUUUGGUACAUUCAAUCGUCUAUAAAUUCCAAUUUUUUUUUUAUUAAUCAAUCACAAUUCACUGGAUUCAUAUUAUUAUUAUUAACAUUCCGCUAA